GCUUCUCGAUCAUCCAGCCCGACGCCCUCUCAGCUGCCUCCGAUGCCUGAGUCUCCCGUCUAUUCUCUCGCGUCGACUGCUAUGCCGCUCUCUCAGUACAACCUGCCCUUACCGCCUCCCCCACGCCCGUUGCAUGCCGUCAUAACAAACGCAGACCUCGAGCGGUCCCAGGAGGCGUAUGCGGAACUGUUGACUUCGGCCAAGGCCUAUAGGGUUGCCCUCGCUGCGCUUUCCACGGCUGCCUCUACCUUUGGCUCGGCGUUGGAAGCAUGUGCGAGACUCAAGGAGGCGCGGUCAGAGCCCAUUGGCCCGGCUGGGGCUACCAAUAUGACGGCCAGCUUCACGACCAAGGGUCAAUGCACUGCAGAUACGCUCAUGUCUGCAUCGGGAGUGCAUCAUCUGAUUGCCAACCACCAGCAGAUUCUGUCCGAGACUGUCUACCGCUCUUUCGAAGUACCCCUGCUCCACGAGCUCGAUAAGUGGCAAACCGUCAUUGGUGACGAAGAGGAGACAUAUCAGCAAAGCAUCAAGGCACAGAGCAGAGAGGUUAAGCGCCUGGAAAAGGAAGGCCUAAAGUUGCAUAAGCAGAGGCGCAGGGACGUUGCUCGAUUCAGAGCCCAUCUCGUCGAGUUGACUUAUAAACUCGACGGCCUGACGAGUCUGCAUGGCGACCAUGCGAGAACACUAUUAAGAGAAAGUCAGGAGACGAGUGCGCGCAUUGUCGAUGCUAGUUGCAGCCUUGUGCGAGCCGAAGUGGACAUAUUCGAAAGCUUGGCUAGAAAGGGCUGGAGUGGCGGUGGCCUGGAUGACGUCCUGGAAAAAGGCCAGGACUUGUUUGCAAUUGAGGAGGAUGGCAUCCAUGGUGCUGGUGGAAGCGGUGGGGAGGGGGUUAAGCUCUUCUCUAUCCUGCCGCCAAAGAGCAUCCUCGCCGACACGACGUCUGAACCACGAAGCGAGAGUUUAAUGGACGCGGAUCGUUACCAGGCGCUUGCUGCCCUGGCCUCAGACCCCAAACCAAACGGCGACUCUGAGAGCGUCUUCUCGGCUGACUUUAACAAGCCACGGAAUGCCCGUCCCUUUUCUCCACAGCCGAUUCGGCGGGCACCCACGGACGUGACAUAUGACUUGUUG